AUGGCUCCCUCUCAUCGUCGUGGACCCUGGGUCCCUGAGGAAGACCAGCUGCUCCUCCAACUAGUCCGCGAGCAAGGCCCCAACAACUGGGUGCGCAUCUCGCAACAUAUGCACUACCGCUCACCCAAACAAUGUCGUGAGCGCUUCCAUCAGAAUCUCAAGCCUUCCCUCAAUCGCGAGCCCAUCUCCGCCGACGAGGGGCUGAUGAUCGAGCGUAUGGUCACCGAAAUGGGCAAGCGCUGGGCUGAAAUCGCCCGCCGCCUGGGCAAUCGCAGCGACAACGCUGUCAAGAACUGGUGGAAUGGCAGCAUGAACCGCAAGCGCCGUGGCGUGGGCACUCCGUCAGCCUCGCGCACUUACAGCGGCCGUGUUGAGGCCCCCUACACCCGGGCUUCUGUUCACAGCCCCUCUCGCUCGCGGUUCCCCGUUCGACCAUGGACGGAGGAUGCCAACACUGAUCAGCACCUUGACUCGCGGAGAGAGUCAUUUUCGACGGUGCCCCGCCAGCUCUCGCCCAUCUACACGCUCCCCUCCAUCAACCGCCCUAUUGAAACACCCUUGACUUCUCCCGCCUUCUCAGAUGUGUCCAAUGCUACCUCAGUCGAGCCUCCAUCCAUGGUCUCCGACCACAACUCCGUCUGCUCUUCAUCGCCUCGCACUCUGCCAUCUCCUCAGCUUCUGCCUCACCCAGAGCAUCUCCGGUCUCAGUACGGCGAUGUUCGCCGCCCCAGCAUCUCCGUCCAGGUCGUGGAUGACUCCCCGCCCAGCUAUCCCGGGCGAGCGCUUGAGCCUCUGUCCGAAAUCGCCUCCAAACGGAGGUGGAUGGAGUACCAACCCACUCUGGCCUCAUGGCACCAGCCCGCGGACUCGCAAAAACAGUGGCAGCCCAAAGCCGAACCCGCCCGCGAUACUCGCAUGGGUGUCAAUAACUUGCUGAAUUAG